CAAUGGGAAGCGCGCAGAACGCCCAGAUGGCGCGCCAAGGUUUCUGCAAUGGCGGGCUUGGGCCUGGCUAGGAGCUGAAAGCCGGAAGAGAGAAGGAGCUUUGCUUACCGGGAGCACUCCAUCCUUGCAACUGGGAGGAGCUGCUCCAUGGGCCGCCACAGUAAGCUCCAGAGGCAGGUGCUGUCCUUGUACCGCAGCUUCCUUCGGGCCGGGAAAGGCAAGCCAGGCUUCCUGCCGCAGAUCCGAGCCGAGUUCCGGCAGAACGCACAGAUCCCACGGACAGAGGUCCUGCUCGUAGAGUACCUUCUCCGCCGUGGACAGAGGCAGCUGGAGCAGCUCCAGAACACCCAUACCAAGCAGAUGGGGGCCUUCGUCAAAACCAGGGAGGAGGGAGACAGAUGACACCAGAGACGGGUGAUGAUGAAGCCUGCUGGGAUUUUCUCGAUCGUCCACACUUUUUCAAUGAGCUGCUGGAGUUGUUGUGCCAGCUCAGGUCCACCACCUUUAAAGAUUUCAACAGGGAUCCCAUCAGGUCCGCUGACUUUGUUAUUUUUCAGGUGAUUGAAUGGUGAAAUAACUGGCAACUUGCUAUCUGCAGAACCCGUGAAGAAACAAUGAUUGAGCUUCUGGAGUUGUUGUGUCAGCUCAGGUCCACCACCUUUAAAGAUCUCAACAGGGAUCCCAUCAGGUCCGCUGACUUUGUUAUUUUUCAGGUGAUUGAAUGGUGGAAUAAUUGGCAACUUGCUAUCUGCAGAACCCGUGAAGAAACAAUGAUUGAACUGCUGGAGUUGUUGUGUCAGCUCAGGUCCACCACCUUUAAAGUUUUCAACAGGGAUCCCAUCAGGUCUGCUGACUUUGUGUUUUUCAGUUAACUGAAUGGAGGAAUAACUGGCACCUCGCUAUCUGUAGAAUCUCGUGGAGAAACAAUGAUUUGGUUCCAUUUCUUUAAUCC